GACGACGGGGAGGCCGAGGAAGAGCCGGAGGAGGAGGAGGAAGAGGAGGAGGACUUGAUCGAUGGCUUCGCCAUCGCCAGCUUCGCCAGCCUCGAGGCCUUGCAGAAGGAUGCCUCUCUCCAGCCCCCCGAGCGCCUGGAGCACCGGCUGAAGCACUCGGGGAAGCGGAAGAGGGGGGGCUCCAGCGGGGCCGCCGGGGAGCCGGGGGACAGCUCCGAUCGGGAGCCCGGCCGGCCCUCCGGAGAUCGCGCCCGAAAAUGGCCCAAUAAGCGGAGAAGGAAAGAGGUCUCCUCGCGUCACUCCCUGGAAGCCGGAUACAUAUGUGAUGCGGAAAGCGAUCUGGACGAGAGGGUCUCCGACGAUGACCUCGACCCAUCCUUUACUGUUUCAACCAGCAAAGCCUCGGGCCCUCAUGGCGCCUUCAAUGGGAACUGUGAAGCCAAACUCUCCAUAGUCCCUAAAGUGUCGGGCCUGGAGCGGAGCCAGGAGCAGCCCCCAGGGCCCGAUCCGCUGCUAGUGCCUUUUCCCCCAAAGGAACCACCACCUCCACCAGCCCCUCGGCCUCCUGUCUCACCCCCUGCACCCCUGCCGGCCACCCCCAGUCUGCCACCCCCACCCCAGCUGCAGCUUCGGGUCUCACCCUUUGGCCUCCGCACUUCUCCCCAUGGCAGCAGCCUGGACCUCAGCACUGGCAGCUCUUCACGGCCGCCCCCCAAGGCCCCGGCCCCUCCCGUGGCUCAGCCUCCCCCCUCAUCAUCCUCUUCGUCCUCUUCCUCCUCAUCUGCCUCCUCCUCGUCCGCGCAGCUCACCCACCGGCCCCCGACGCCCUCACUGCCCCUACCUUUGUCCAACCACAGCUUUCCUCCCCCUGGGCUGCGGCCCCCCCCAUCAGCUGCUAACACCCUUUCUGAGCAGGACCUGAUCGGCCAGGACCUGAACUCUCGCUACCCUGAGGUGGUGGGGGCAGGGGGCUCAGCCCGGCCCCUGGCCUUCCAGUUCCACCAGCACAACCACCAGCACCAGCAUACCCACCAGCACACCCACCAGCACUUCACCCCUUACCCCCCAGGCCUGCUGCCACCCCACGGCCCCCACAUGUUUGAGAAAUACCCAGGAAAGAUGGAAGGCCUUUUCCGGCAUAAUCCGUACACGGCCUUCCCUCCCGCAGUGCCCGGCCUCCCUCCGGGCCUCCCGCCGGCUGUCUCCUUUGGCUCCCUGCAGGGGGCCUUCCAGCCCAAGAGCAUGAACCCCGAGCUGCCACCACGACUGGGGCCAAUGCCAAGCGGGCUUCCCCAAAAGGGGACACAGAUCCCUGACCAUUUCCGGCCACCUUUGAGGAAACCAGGGAAGUGGUGUGCCAUGCACGUGCGUGUGGCUUACAUGAUCCUGAGACACCAGGAAAAGAUGAAGGGCGACUCCCACAAGCUUGACUUUCGGAACGACCUCCUGCCCUGCCUUCCGGGGCCCUAUGGGGCCCUGCCCACUGGCCAGGAGCUCUCCCACCCGGCUGCCUCCCUCUUCACUGCAACUGGUGCCGUCCACGCUGCAGCCAACCCCUUCACGGCAGCUCCCGGGGCCCAUGGACCCUUUCUGAGCCCCAGCACCCACAUUGAUCCCUUUGGGCGUCCCACAAGCUUCGCCUCCUUGGCUGCCCUCUCCAACGGGGCCUUUGGAGGCCUGGGCAGCCCCACAUUCAACUCCGGCGCCGUCUUUGCCCAGAAAGAAAGCCCAGGGGCCCCACCAGCCUUCGUCUCCCCCCCAGACCCAUGGGGUCGCCUGCACCGCAGUCCUCUGGCCUUUCCUGCCUGGGUCCGGCCCCCUGAGGCCGCCCGGACACCAGGCUCAGACAAGGAGCGGCCUGUGGAGCGGAGGGAGACUUCUAUCACCAAGGAGGAGAAAGACAGGGACCUCCCCUUCUCACGGCCCCAGCCCCGAGUAUCUCCUGCUACUCCCAAGGCCCGGGCUGGUGAGGAAGGGGCCAGGCCAGCCAAGGAAUCGGUGCGGGUAAAGGAAGAACGGAAAGAGGAGGCUGCUGCUGCCGCUGCUGCUGCCACCGGGCCUCAGGGCCUCCACCUGCUGUUUGAGAGGCCCCGGCCACCCCCCUUUCUGGGCCCUGGUCCUCCAGAGCGCUGUGCUGGCUUUUUGGAUCCAGCCUGGUUGGCAGGGCCCCCUCGCCUUGCAAGGCCACCCCGCUUCUAUGAGGCGGGAGAGGAGCUGACUGGACCAGGGGCAGUGACUGCUGCCCGCCUGUAUGGUCUGGAGCCUGCCCAUCCCCUGCUAUACAGCCGCUUGGCUCCUCCACCGCCGCCUACUGCGGCCCCAGGAACCCCUCACCUUCUCAGCAAGACCCCACCAGGAGCCCUUUUGGGGGCACCGCCUCCACUUGUGCCCGCCCCCCGGCCUAGUUCCCCACCUAGGGCCCCUGGCCCAGCCCGGGCUGACAGGUGAGGGGAGGGGAGGGGCAGGGGCAAAGCUCCAUCCCCCUUUCCUUUUGAUAAGAUCCUAGAACUGAGGUUUUAAGCCAGGGCUGGAGGGCAAAGGUCGCGACCUCACCAGCCAUCUCUGAGGUCAUGGAAUCUGAGAACAGAGCCCCAACCCCCAUGAGAUCAAGCAUCAGAUGAACCUUGGGGUCAUUGGGAGGGCAGAGGUCACACACUUCUAGAGAGGUGUGUGUGUGUGUGUGUGUGUGUGUGUGUGUGUGUAUGUGUGUGUCUGUACACAUACAUAUGAGAGUGGGGGUCAUUUCAGAGGUCAUAGCUCAUAGAUCUCCUGAGGUGCACCAUCGCCCCUGAGGGCCCCUAGGCCCUUGGCCUGCCUCCCCAAGGGCUCACUAAGCCAGAGGCCAAAGUGCCCCCUCCCCUUCACCUACCACCCAAGUCCUCAUGCCCUCUCAGGGUUGGGGGAGGAGGGGCUAAAGGAAGGGGAGUUCCAUGUACAUAUUUAUCUCCCCUUCCACAUAGCCCCCCAGACCUUUUGUACAUUUUUACAGGGGUGCCCCUCCCAAUAACCCCCCUUCCUGGUUAAUUAAAUCCUCAGACUGGUGCUGUGUUCCUAGCCUCUGGCCUCUCUGUGGGGGGAGGGGAGAUUGCAGGGGGAAGAGCUGGGAGGGGACAGGCAGGCCCAGGGCUUAUCCCUAGGAAUAUGGGGUCCAGCAGGAAGUGGACCAACAAGGGAAGGGACCUGGUACCUAGGCUGGAAAGAAGUGCAAAUGCUUCCUGCUUGGCUGACAGCCCAGGUUCCCCCCACUUGUUCCUGUUACCUCUGUGUGCCCCAGCCCCAAAGGCUCAACCUUUAAGCUUCAGAGUCUACUUCUUUCUUAGUGGCUCAGUGCCCCCACUCCAUUUCCAAGUGCCCCCAGGACUCCUGGGCCCUGCUCUCUAGAGCCCUGUUCCCAGAGCCCUGCCCGGCUACGGAGGGCCAGAGAAGGUCACCAUGUACCACACACCAAAGAAGGGGGUCCGCUUGGGGUGGGCCACACAGGCAGCUUCCUGAGCAGCCUCUGGGCAGCAGCCUCAGCCUUCCCAAAGCAGCAGGUGCCCCCAGGCUGGGGCCCAGCCUAGAAGGCGGGGGUCAGUUUAACAAAAACAUAAUGUUGACUUUUUUCCCAGGUGGGGCUUAUUCUGUAACAUGACUUGCGGAUAUUUAUAUAAAAAUGAGUGUUACAAUGAG